GUUAAUAAAUCAACAUUGUCCACUAUAAAGACGUGUUUAAUAGUUACAUUUGACAAUGAUAUUAUUUACUAUUUAGUAUUUACUCUCAAGUCUCAAUAAAGAAUACAAACAUCAACACUGACAAGAGUACCUAUUCAAGACGGCAUAUCAAUAGUAACGCGAACAUGGAAUCUAGUACUAAAAAGUAUGGAUUAAUUGUGCCUAAAAAAAUAACAGAUGUUCCGAAGAGGAUUACUAAUGUGUUCGGCGAUGAUAGUGACUCUGAUUCUGAAAAACCAAAAAAACCUAUUCAAACCAAUAAUCAAACUAAAGCUCAACAAAGAAGUGCACAAUUAUCUAUUGACAAGGCACUCAAAGAAGACGCAACAGUAUUUCAGUAUGAUGAAGUCUAUGAUGACAUGGAGAAAAAAAAAGAACAUCAUAUUGAAAAAAAGAAAGAUUUUAAGCCACGAUAUAUACAAAAUUUAUUAGUGCAAGCUGAGAAACGUAAGAUUGAAUAUGAACGUAGAAAUGAAAGGAUAAUUCAAAAAGAAAGAGAAGCUGAAGGAGACCAAUUUAAAGACAAAGAAGCAUUUGUCACUGCUUCAUACAAAGCAAAACUGGAAGAGUUAAAAAAACUGGAUGAAGAAGAUUUAAAAUUUACUAUGAUUGAAGACAUUAAUGAUGUUACAAAACAAAAAGACAUGGGUAGCUUUUAUAGGCAUCUGUUUAACAAAGAAUUAUGCAAGAAUGAAAGUGAUAAAAUCGACGAAAUGAAAAAACCAACUAAGAAAUCUGAUGCUAGUCGACAAUAUAGAAAACGUGCUUCUUCAAAUACUUCAGAUGAUGAUAAUAAUGCUAAUGAUGUUAAUGAUGAUGAUAGAGAUACUGACAUAUCAGAUUCUGAUUCGUCUGUGGAUUCAAAACGCAGAAAAAUUGAAAUUGAUGAUAACAAAUCUAACCUGAACGAAAUUGUCAAUAAACCUGAAGUAAAAUUAGAAGAGUCAACCAUUGAGAUAAUAAAAGUUGAUGUAAAUGAUUCAUCUAAGAUAGAAACAAAACCAAAACCAAAAGAAGAAACUAUAGAGGUACCUAAAGACAAAACAGUUGAGAAAAAUAAUAGUAAGCCAAAAGAAAUUAAACCCAAAAUAAAUAUUUGGUUAAAGAGGACGGUUGGUAAUAUAUUUGAAGAAGCGCGUCAAAGAUAUUUUCAAAGACAAAUGAAACAAACUAAUUUACAAUAUGUUAGAACUUAGAUAUAACAUUAUUUAUUUUGUUAUUAAAAAUAUGCAUAAGAUAAACUAAA